AUGAUUCGAUUAUACAUUCUUCUCUGCCUUCUACCAUACCUCUUCCUUACCACCCCAUUCACCCAUGCGGCCCUACUCCCUCGUCUCAAAGCUUCAUUCAAACUGCCAGGCGUAGUCUUCAGUGAACCAGUGGCUCGAUCUUUCAAGGUGGUACCUUUCAAGGAGCUUCCUGGGGAAUCACACCAUGGUCAUGGACUUCACCACACUCUCGGCCUUGUGAAGCGAUUGGUUGAAGACCAGGGCGAUAUGGUCGAGGUUACCGAGGAAGCCCUCCAGGAACUUUUGGAUCAGAUCAACAAACUCCAUGAGCAGGUGAACAACAUGAUGCCAGCUGGUGCGACGGACAAACAGCCUACUCUGGGGGCAGGCGCUUCGUCGGGGGGCCAGUCUGGCCAAUCUGAUCAAUUACCUGCAGGUUCUUCUAAUGAGUCUACUGGUAGCGAACAGUCUGAAGAGCCUGCUCCCUCUGGCAAAGCUGGUGUUCCCCAACCGGGAGUUGCUUCGGGUCCAUCAGAAGCUCCUGUAGUUUCGGACCCAUCUCUACGAUCCCCGUUGCCGUCACAGGCUAACGCAGCCACGAUUGUCGAGCCUCAGGUUCCAGGCGCUUCAGCUCAACUAGAUGCAUCGCAGAUAGAUACCGACAGGCAAGCAAAGACUGACCUGACGCAGCCUGCUGCAAAUCCCAACCAGGCAGCAAAGGGCGAAUCUACUGAUCCGUCUAGCGAGCCUGAGGCUGAAAAACUGCCUGGCAACAGCGCUGUCGUGACCCUUCCUAAGGUUGCAAGUGCUUCUGGAAAGGGGAACGUCGUGGAAUCAGGCGGUAGUCCCAAGAAUACUGUUGCUCAACCGACUGGGGAGCUUCAGGCUUCGACGGGAAGACAACCUAGCACAGCACAAGAUGUCAAACCGACAGAGAAUGGCAAGGCCAAAGAUCCUAGUAUCUCAUCUGUCAAGGAGGUUACUGGGGCCACUAGUACUACGCCCGGGGUUGCAUUUGUCGAGAAUCCCGAUGCCAUUGCCCAGACGGUCACGACCAAUGUCAGCUCUGGCGGGCAGACUAGUACUUCAGCAACGAAGGAAACUCAGAGACCAUCCGGUGCCAAAGAUGAUGAGUGUGUUGAAGAAGUAAGUGAUCUGCCCCUCAUACGUCGAAAACCUAACUGCACACCAGGUAGUAGGAUCGAAUCCGCGAGCGAGCCAGCACAAGAUACCACGAUAACUGUCGUCCUCGUACCUACUCCAGAGGCAGAUCCUUCCAAAGCCUCUGCAGCGGAAGCCGGGACACAGAUAACAGAAGACUCUCCCGCAACUGCAAAGGCCGAGGGAGCGGCCCCAGCGUUAGAGACAGAAGCCACCUUCACCCCAGACAUCAAGGCUGGAGACUCUCAGCAGCUCGCAGCACCAACCCUACUCCUAAAUCCGUCUUCUGUUUCUAGACCUGGGCCAACAGCGUUAAGCCUCAGAACUCUCGUGUUCACAUCUGUCCUUACAAGGUCUUCAACCAUCCUCGUAACUACUGUACGCACAGAGUUUGUUAAUGCAAAUCAACCCACUGCAUCAUUGAAUGCCCCCGGCCAUGUUUUCAAAGAAGACGAAGACGCAGACACGAAUGCAGCGUUCAACAAGGAUGGAAAGCUUGCUUUGGAAGGGAGUGUCAAUGAGGGAAGCACACCAGGUUCGGGCAUUCAUAAUUAG